AUGAUCAUCCAAUUUGUCAAUAUAUUGGAAGAGCAAUUGCAAAAGAUCAAUUUCAUCAACUUCGAGAUUGAUCUUUUCGUGAUUCUUCUCUAUAUGAUAAUUUGUACUCCCCUUGGAUUUGUGUUCCAUUACAUCAAGAGUCCAACGGGAAGACUUUAUUUCAACCUUUUCUUGGGAAUGUUCUUUUCAGUAAUAGUGUGCAAAGAGUGGUUUCCUCUUAUGUUAGGAUGGACAAUAGCAGUUUAUUUUAUUGCAUAAAUCUUUAAAAAAUGUGCAUUGCCGGUGUCCAUCGUUGCAUUUGCAAUUCUCUCCUUUGUGCACAUCUAUCGACUCAUCUAUCAGUACUUGAGUUGGAGAAUGGACUAUAAUGCAAUUCAAAUGUUGUUGACAGCAAGAUACAUAUUUUAUGCUUGUGACAAGUAGGAUGGAAAGGUAUAAGGUAAAACAUCUUUUAUGAUGUAUUUGUCAUACAUUUUCAUGUUUCCCAAUCUAGUUGUGGCACCAAUUCCCUACUAUGCAUUUGUGAGUCUCAUAGAGAGAAGGACAGAUUAUACUCAUUAUUCUCCUAAGUUUGCUUUGAUUUCAUUCCUUAAGGCCUUAGCAGUGAGUAUGGCAGAAUUGCUAAUAAGGCCUCAUUUAGAUACUGAUUGGUACUAUUCGGAAGAGUGGAGAACUCAAUACAGUUUAUGGUUUAAAUUUGCGAUGACCUUCCUUAUCACUCCCUGUGCUAGAUUCACUUAUAUUGCUGCUUUCUACUUCACACAAGCAGGAAUGGAUGCUAUGGGAUUGACUUACAAUGAUAAGACAAAGAAAAAUGAUCUAUGGGUUGUAUUUGAUUACUCUUUUGAAUUAGAGAAGAAUGUGGUCAUCAAAACAUAGAAGUGGAAUUGCAAUAUUCAAAAUUGGUUGAAAUAUUGUUUCUACGAUCGUCUUUAAAAGAGAUUUGGCAGUUUGACAUUCUACCUUGUCUUCAUGAUUAGUAGUCUUUGGCAUGGAUUUUAUCUAAGUUACUAUUUAUUCUUUAUCUUUUGGGCCAUCACAGGGUAAGUAUACAAGUAUUUUUACAAGGCUCAGAGAAGAUUUUAUUUUAUCCCACAACCAGUAAGACAUCUCUUGGCUUGGGUGUUUGGUAUAUUGACAUUUGAUCAUUUCGCAACGGCUGUUCGUGUAUUACAAUGGGAGAAGGCAGUAGAGUUGCACAGUAGUUUUUAUUGGAUUCCUCAUAUUGUAAUUUUGGUGAUUUUCUUCUUCUUCAACAUCACCUAAUAUGGUCAGAAGGAUGGAAGAUCCAAGGAUGGGAAGUCAAAGAAGUUGGAAUGA